CGCCGGAGCCCAGGGUAGACGUGACGAUUCAAGAUGGCGAAAGACCUGGACGAGCUCCUGGAUGAAGUCGAAUCCAAAUUUUGCAGACCUGACCCCCUGAGACUGGGCAUGGGCGAGGUGCCCAAAGGCUGCGGCGGGCUCACCCACAGCAGCGACCGGAACCGAGCCGAAGCGAAAGAGAAUCUCAGAUCAACAGAAACAUGUAAAAAAGAAGAUGAUCUUGACAGUCUUAUUAAGGAAAUAUUUGAAGAGCCCGACUUUGACAAGAAACCAUUUAAAGUCAAACCUACAUCUUCAGGGAAAAUAUCCAUCAGAGCGUCCAUCCAAGGCCUGGGGAAAAGUUGCAGUCCGGUAUACCUUGGUGGAAGCAGCAUUCCUUUUGGGAUUGGAACAUACACUUCACAGAGAGCAUGUGACCAUCUCCGUUGUGUAAGCUGUGAUUUCAGGAUAGUGAGCUACAAUGACUGUAUGUGGGACAAGUCCUGUGAUUAUCUGUUUUUCAGGAACAACAUGCCAGAAUUUCACAAGUUAAAAGCAAAGUUGGUGAAAAAGAAAGGAACCCGAGCCUAUGCCUGCCAGUGUAGCUGGAGAACUAUUGAAGAAUUGACUGACCUUCAGACGGAUCAUCUGCUUCGUUGGGUUUGUGGCAAACAUUAAGAAAUCGAGCUCUUCCUGUUCAGACCAAUGCCUCCGUGGGAGCAGUCUCCAGUAAUCAUAACAUUUUAGGUAAAGUCCCAAUAUUAGGCCCUUUGGAAAAAGACAGUGAAUUUCAUUUAAUAUAAUCACACAAUUUUUGAAGAAUGAAUAGACUUGGAAAGAUAAUGUGCUAUAACAUUUUGGAAGUAUUCCUCUCUGAUAUGUGGAUGUUUCCAUUAGAAAGUAUGCUAACAAGUAGCCAGAAAUAUCCUUACAGAAUUUCACAUAACAAUAUAGCUUUACAUUCACAAAUGCAAUAUUGACUGCUAAUGCACUUAGUGUAAAUAUUCCUCUUUUACAGCAAAUACAGGGCAUAAGACUGGCCCAGGAAGAGACCUUUAUAAAGGUGUCUACAUCAUCUCCUCCAGUAAGAUCUGAUGUUGCCAGAGAUCAUAAUGUAGACAUGGUAGAAACCAAGGCUAACCGAAUGCUUAAAUGCACUGGCUCAUAUCUGACCUUACCUCACCAGCUCAAAGCAAUCUUAUGCACAGUAACGAUAAAUGUAUGCUAGCAGUUUGGGCCUGUUUUCUUCCAUUUGUUCAUUUAUAUACCAAAAGUUAUUAAGGUUGAUAUUUUACCAAAUAUCUAUAGAAAAAGCUUUUGUUAUACAUGUAAAACCACAAAAACACUCAUACAGAUUGUUCAGUUUUGCUUUUUUUCAAGUAUUUCCCAGCCUUUAAUUCAUAAAAAUCCAUCUAGUAAGCACUAAUACUAUUUUUUAAGGCCAUCUAUGGACUUUUCUAGCAAGAUCAACUUGACACAUUAUUUACUAGAUAAAGACACAAAAGGAAAAACAAGCCUAACAACCAGCAGGUAACCUGUUGGGCUUUCUUUAUAUCCCUAAGACUUAAAGACCUUGCAGUAUAUUUAAAAAAAAAAAAAUGACUUAAAUUUUUUGAAAGGCAGAGAGACAGGAAGAUAUCUUCUAUCUACUAGUUCACUUCCCAUAGCAGCCAGGGUUGGCAAGAGCCAAAGCCAGCCCUGUUACACGCAUGUGUAACAGGGACCCAAAUACUUGGACUGUCAUCCACUGCUUUCCCAGGUGCAUCAGCAGGAAGCUGGAUCAGAGGCGGAGGAAACAGGACUCAAACCACUUCUUCAGUAUUGGAUGCCAAUGUCCCCUAGCCUGCUGCCACACAAGGCCCACCAUGCCCAAAACCCUUUGCCACAUGUGUCCACUCUGUGGUUCAAAUGUGUGACACAGAGUGCCUGGAACAAGAGUCAUUGACGCAAACUUAUGAUCACCGUCAGCUUGUGCCGAAACCCUUCCCGACACCCAACCCAAGGAAGGAAAAUUAACAUCCCUUCCUAGCCAUGGUACAUCUGCAUGCUUAUAAAACUUAACUCUGGUAAGUCAGGCACUGCAGCAGAACAGAUCUCAUGGGCAGAUGCCCACACUUGUAUAUAAAAAAUGUUUGUAGAUUUUAUUUUGCAAUAAAUAUUUUUUACUCCC